AUGACCACUACCACUACCACCGCCGCCUCCACUUCCUCCACUUGCAUUCCCUCCUGGAAAAUCCCCUCCAACGAUGUCGCCUGUGCCGGUCCCAUCACCGGAAACAUGACCGAUGUGUUCGACUCCUGCUGCAAGGGUAACAGCCCUGUCAAGUACAAUGACGACUGCAACAUCUACUGCCUUGCGCAGGGCCAGACAAAGAAGGAGCUGUCUGACUGCUUGACCGACAAGAGCAAGAACUAUGGCGGUAUCUUUUGUGGCGCUGGAAAGGAGAAUUCCACUGCUACUGCAUCGGCCACUACCACCAGGGAAACUGGUAGCGACGCUACAGGCACCUCUACCACCACUGGAAAGGGUAGCUCGACCUCCACCGGCGCUGCGAUCAUCAGCCAGCCUAUCUCCAAGACAGGUCUUGGCCUCGUCGCCAUGCUCUUCUGCUCCGCCGUCGCCGGUGUUAUCGCCUAA